AUGAGACGCAAAGUCAUCCUUGGACCACGCCAAGCAACCCAAGGACCACACCAAGACACCAAAGGACCACACCAAGCCACCAAGGACCACACCAAGACACCAAAGGACCACACCAAGACACCAAAGGACCACACCAAGACACCCAAAAACCACGCCAAGCCACCCAAGGACCACACCAAGACACCAAAGGACCACACAAAGCCACCCAAGGACCACACCAAGCCACCCAAGGACCACACCAGGACACCCAAGGACUACACCAAGACACCAAAGGACCACACCAAAACACCCAAGGACCACUCCAAGCCACCCAAGCCUCCAAACAGUUCCCUAGGGCCCCCUUAUGAUUAUGAACCAUUAACACAGGGGCCCCCUUAUGAUUAUGAACCAUUAACACAGGCGCCCCCUUAUGAUUAUGAACCAUUAACACAGGGGCCCCCUUAUGAUUAUGAACCAUUAACACAGGGGUCCCCUUAG